UUCCUGUAUUAUGCCUAUUUUUGGUGGAUUUCAGGCAGUCGUUCGGAAUAACAACCUGCGUCCAUUACCUUGCUUGCGGGAAGUGCUUUGGAUGUCCUCCAUAGGUAGCGGGAUGAUCCGCUUAAAAUCUGUGUGUAUCUAUAGUGUAAUAUGGUACAGGUACAUAUAUAUUUUAAUACAUAUCCGUGUAUAACUAUAAAAAAUCUGUCAGAAAAAAUUUGGGUAAAGUACUGUGAAUUUUACUAAUAGAUGAUCUUGUUUGUUUGCUGGAUGAUCCGUGAUAACUAUUCAUUUGUAUUAAAGCGUACGGGGCAAGCACCCAAGGAGGUGGGAUUUUUAAAAAUCUGAUUAAAACACAUUUUCUCUAUAGAUCUCAUUCAUAUUUGCAAUGUGUUCUUAAUUACCUACUGAUUUCAAGUCUCAAGGUAGGCAGGGUCAGGCCUGGAACAGUGAUGGAAGCUUGGUGAGGAAAACCAAGGAAACAUUUGAGGAAGAAGAACACUGUUUACUGCUGCUUCUGUCAUUCGAACGAAAUAUAAACCUGUUGUGACCAGUUUGGGUCAUUGCAUUUCCAUGCCUUUCUUUCAUCCUCAAGCACUGGAUGAAAAGGACAGAAUUAUGUUUGAUUUCCAGUGUUGUUAAUUACUGGCUAUGUUUACAGCUUCACCUGCAAUCUAAGUUAGAGCCAUAAAUUUUAUUCAAUCUUUAAAUAUUUCUGGUAGUAAUUCUGUUGGCACUGGUCAGUGCACUUUAUUUUCACCCCAUAAGUGAUCAUGGUUUGCUAACAAACUCUUUUCUUUGGGUUUGGUUAGUGUAACCUUUUUAACAUUUGUGAUAAGUCUUCCACCAUAACUUUCUCUCUGCAUUUUCUUGUGCCUAAAAAAACAUUUCAUGGACUAAAAAUGCUCACACAUGCCAACUUAAACUGAUUUUUUUUUCUUCCUUUUACUGUGCUUCUUUGCAACUGAUUGGAGCUUGGGUGUCUGUUUAGAUGUGCAAGCAAAAUAAUGCAUGUGUGUGACAUAUUUAUGAACAGAUGUGCUUUUCCUAACUUCUGUAAUUUUUUUUCAAGCUAUUCUCCGAGCAGAUCACAUCACAUGUCUUAUAGCCUUUAAAAGAAGAAUGCUGCACAACAUUUCACAGUAAAGAUGAGGAGCUGAGAGAUGUUUCUGUUAUCUUAAAGCUAUAGAGGUUUGUGUGAGAGGACAAAUGCUUAGGACACUGCUUUAAGGCAAGUUGUGAAUUGAGUCAUGCCAGGAGAAGAUAUUUAGGAUAAAGUGCUUUCUUGCUGCAUGUGUCUUGGAGCCUAGGCACCUGUAAGAGUGGGAGAAGCUUUCUAGUCUUUGUUUCUUAGAAUUUACGCUGCAGCUGUCCUCAUGUGCCCACACAAAUCAAUCCAGUUUACAAGAUGAGCUGUGCACAAAAAACUACUUUGAUUUCAGCACAGAUUCCUGCUAAAAUAUAUCCCAGGCAUAUGUCCUGGAAGGACUGUUUAGCCUCAAAAUGGAAAUUCUGUGGGCUUGUGAGUCCUUUCUCAUAUUCUGCCGAGGAGCCAGUGGGCUGCAAGAAGGUGAAUAAUAUGCAUAAAGAAAAAAGAGGUGAAUAUAAAUACAUGGUGGUGUUCUGACACAACUUCUUGCUAUUCUAACUUGUCCUGACAUCUCAGAGAGCUUUCUUGUUCACCUCAUUGCAAAUGGGCUUUAAUACAUUGAAGAAAGUAGGUUAACCAUGUAAGAGCUUGAGAAGUCUUCCAAAACUCUUUUCUUCUGUGUAUUAAACUGCCCACACCAGUUCUUGAGUUUCUUUAUGCAUCCUAGAUCAUAAUCCUGGCUUCUUCACAGAAAGGACACAAGUGCAGUGUGUAUGUUUAGGAAACAAAUACUAGGAAUGUGAUUAGUGGAAGGAAAGACCAAUAUAUUCUUCUCAGACUAGGACUUAUCUUUCAAUUCUUUAAUGUUUAGUAUUUGAACUUAUGACUGGGGAUCUCAGAAGCUCCAACAGUAAAAAUAACAGAAGUAAAUAAAUGAUAGUGUGGUAUGAAAGUGAUACUUAAAUUUGCUCCAUCCAUGAAAGAUGAGCUUUUAUUCUAGUACAUAAUGUGUUAAUAUAUCAGAAGUCAUAUUUAUAAAUAUUUUAGAUAUUUACUGACAUCAGGUGAUUGCUGAUUUACUGACCCACUUGAUGGCCAGUCUGUGGAGCUAGAUAUUUAGCUCCUGGUAUCCUAGUAAUGUUGUUUAACUUUUUGAAUGUACUCUCCAAAGUUGUGAAAAUCCUGUUUUUCUAAAUAAAGGGAUUUUCUAAACAUAAACACAUAAUGGCUUUUUUCAUCUGAGGUUCUCUCACCUUUUCAAAAUUAGAAGUAAGAUUUACAUGCAUAAGUAGAAGGUCAAAUCAGUCCUUUCUGAUGACAUGGAGUUAUCCUGGUUUUUCAGGGUCAUGAGCUGUUGGGCCUCACAACUUACUGGUGGGACUGCAUUUCAUCCCAUUCCUUGGUGGAACUGAGGUUAAGAUAGAGAACCAAUAUUUAGUCCCAAGAAUUUCAUUUCAGCAUCUGUCCAAAGCAACUGAAUGGUUUGGAAUGGUGCAAUAAGUAUGGAAGUAAAAUGGAUUAGUAGAUACACUCUAUUCCAUUCUAAGUCUCUUUUAUUUUACGUGUUUUCCAAGUGGUUUCAUGGAGCAAACUUGCCAGUUUUCAACAUCUUUGCUAGGAUGUCAAUUUCCUGACUACUUUUUUUUUUUCCUAAUUUGUGUUUUAUUUAAGGAACUCCUGAAGCAGCUGUACACUGGUAUGCAAUGAAAGAAGUUUCUUUACUUACACCUAGUUUGUUCUUUGGGCUUAUAGCUCUUUAAGAAUUCCUGUCACCAACAUGGGGAGUGACUUAAGUUUUCACAGGCCAUAAAAAAUAACUUGACACAGUGUGACAGAGAAAAUACUGGAUCAAGAAACUCUCUUCCUUAAACUCAGUCACCCAACUCUCUUCCCUCUUCCUCCUUUUGCUUUCAUGUAAAAUAAACUAGCUCUUCUAUGAGCAGUAGCAUUAUUGCAUUUUGUUUUCAUGUGGAUCUUUCCCUUAGUCACAGAAUCACAGAAUUUCCAGGUUGGAAGAGACCUUCAAGAUCAUCGAGUCCAACCCAUGUUCCAACACCUCAACUAGAUCAUGGCACCAAGUCCCCUAGAUCCUGUCUGCUGCAAAAACUUCAGCUCUCCCAUGUCCUUGUGACGCAAGGAUUUGGAAUUUUGGCUUCUUGGAGAAACAGUAGAAAAUGCAAAACGAAAUAAUAAAGCCUGCUAAAUACUUCUCAGAAGUGGAGAAGAGUGUGCUGCUUGCAUUAGUUGAAAAAUACAAAUACGUGCUUGAAUGUAAAAAAAGCGAUGCAAGAACUAUUGCUCUGAAACAACGCACCUGGCAAGCACUGGCUCAUGAAUAUAACUCACAGCCCAGUGUAUCACUGCGAGACUUCAAACAGUUAAAGAAAUGCUGGGAAAAUAUCAAGGCACGGACAAAAAAGAUAAUGGCACAUGAGAGGCGGGAGAAGGUAAAAAGAAGUAUUAGUCCACUUAUAAAUACUCACAUCGUAGGGAAGGAGAAGAUUGGAAGUAUAAUGCCUGAGCAAAUGUACUUUUUGCAGAGCCCACCAGAAGAAGACUCUGAAUAUCAGCCUGAUGCUUCUAGUCAAGAGUCAUUUGUUGUGUCAAACAGAGAACUUUGUGAUGAAGACAAAGAGCUGGUACAUUUUCCAGUAUGUGAAGGCACCUCCCAGCCUGAGCCUUCGUGUUCUGAUGUCAGAAUAGCAGCAGAUAAGAACUACAGAAGUAAAGCAUCUCAGGAAAGUGCUCUGAAAAAGAUGCAUGAGGAAGAGCAUCAUCAGCAAAUGUCGAUUUUGCAACUCCAGCUAAUCCAAAUGAAUGAAGUUCAUGUGGCAAAGAUACAGCAAAUAGAAAGAGAGUGUGAGAUGGCUGAAGAAGAACACAGGAUAAAAAUGGAAGUGCUAAAUAAAAAGAAAAUGUAUUGGGAGAGAAAACUGCAGACCAUUACAAAGGAAUGGCCUGUAUCAUCCUAUAACAGACCCUUUCCUAAUUCACCUUAGAACAUAGAAGAGCAGAGAGUCAGUCUGAUUUAGCACAUUUAUGAGUAACACACACUGGAAAGAGGGUUUUCUACUGUGAAUGUACAGUGACAGGAUAGGUGCCUGGCUGAUAGUGAACACACUAUGACUCUUAAUGUUUAGGGAAACAGUGGUAUAGUUCACCAAGAGGAAAACUCUAUUGUUUAUUUGUAGGUAGUUCUGAUUUGUUUAACUCACAGACAUGCACAGUGUUCUAAAAUGUGAACGUAUUUUCUCCUCUCAGAACACCCUUGAUCCUUGUGAAGUUUAAGGUACUCUGGGUAUUCUUACAUUGGGAAUUCUUAAGAAAACUUAACAGCUUUAAACAGCAGGCUGUAGUGUUUGUUUGAUUUCUAUCUCUUCCUAUCUGCCAUUUCCCACAUGAAGGCAAGGGUUGGAGUUGCUCUCUGCUGUUGAGACAAAAGGUGAUGGACAGGUAUUAGUUGGAUCAUUAUGCUGAAUAUUAGGGAAAAUAAGGUGGUUAAUACAGUCCAUAACUUAUUUUUCAUAGAAGAUGUGAAAAUGAAGGAUGUAGCAAGAGGGCCACUGUAGUAACAGCCCUCUCCUGAAGAACAGUAAUAUUUCCCAGCUGUUUGGCUGACUGAGAGGAUGGUUGUGGAAUGGCCCUCCAGUUGUAUGAGCCUUGACACUUGAGAAGUUAAAAAGAAGGUGACUUUUUCCUCAAAGGCCACUGUGCUUUUUCUUUCAUUUCCAUCUUGUAUUGAAGUAGAAUACCCAAACAGGAGGCUCAGAUGCUGCUGCCAGCACUAUGUGCUGUUCUCCUAAAGUCAUUCUGAGGGGAAGAGCUUUUUAAGAAUUCACAAAGCUCUCAAAAUGCAGUGAGCCAGCCAGUCCAUUGGCAAAGUCUCCCUCUAUUUUCCUAUGCAAUGCUUGAUGGUGUAGCAGCUACCUUGAUUAUUUCUCCUUAGCUAGAAGAAAAGACUAAGAUUCACCCUCUUUUCCUUCUCAUAGGGUGGAAAGCAGUUCAAGGGAAUCAUUCCUGUCUUGAAGCACUGUUCUGUUUUGAUUCGUUCUGUCCUGUGUGUUAUGGUGGUGUGUUUCUUGCCUUUGCUGUCAGUGAGGGGUGAUGGACAUGAUUUGUAUGAAGGCAUUCACAUGAAAGUCCCCACAGAUUUUGGAUGUCCAGAAUGGUAGAUAGUAGGAAAGCACAAAUGAAAAUAAUCUUUACCCUGGCAAUCAUUUAUUCUAGUGGGGCAAGAGUUAAGAAAAUGUGAAAUGCAGAACCCCGCAAGGAUACAUAAGAACUUUUGGUGUUUGAAAACCUGUUUUACAGGAAGGUGUACAACCAUCAUUUGAAGCAGUGAGAAAAAUGAACAAAACCAUAAAUUUUCAUUGAAAAAUCUGAGUAUCACAUUAUUCAAUAAAGUAUUUUCAGAUCAUGACUCCUGAGGGCGAGUCCGUACUGUGAGCAAUGUGUUCAAAGCAAAGUAUGUUACAAGGCAUACAUUCCCAGCUACACUCCUAUCUCUUUCCCUGGAUAUCCUUUCUGGUGGAGUAAGUUCUUUUUGGUUUUGUUUUGGAUUGAGUAGGGUUCUCUGUAUGUGUGUGUGUGUGUGUGUGUGUCUUUGUUAGCACUGCCAUUAUCAACCACAGGACUCUCUGUUGUUAUCAGUGUGGUACCUCUGCUACUUCCUUAAAUGUGCUAAAACCAGCAAUCACAAUGGGAGCUGUUUAUUACAACUCAUUUUAUAUGACAGAGAAAAAAAAAACAUGCUGGGCUGCUGCAAGAUAAAAAAAAUAGGGCCUGGGUGAAAUCUGAAGACAGAUCUUUUUGACCACAAACUCAAUAUUCUUAUAAAUUUGCUGUGUGAAGAAAGUGCAGGAAUUCCAAAGAAGGAUGUUGUUAUGGGCACUUCUAUUUUUCUGCUGAAUGAAAACACUUUUGGAAGGUAUAAUAACAGUAGAGGCAAAAGAAAAGCAACCAGAAGGAAGGACCUUGUUCUGAGAUUGCAUUCUAUGGUCUAGAAGAUGAGUCAGUUAUUUGACUGGUUGUGACAAUUGUUCAGGCACCAUCCAGGAAAAAAAGGAUAGGGAAGACAUUUGUCUUACCCUUCUGCACUCAUUCUAAGUGAAAGUAGAGGAAAACCAGGUGUUAGAAGGUAAUGAAUAGAGACAAUUUCAGCGCUGUGAAGAUGGCAAGAAUAGAGAGACAGUCCAGGUCUAGAUAGCCCUGUGAAAAUGGUGAAAUAGUUAGAGAGGAUCUCACAACGUGAGAUAAGGGUAGCAUGAACUCCUGGAAGUUAUAUGAUUGCUCAUGAAAGAUUGUUUUAUUUUUAUAUUUAAAAAUCCUUUAAAAUAAGCAUGUUUUCAAACUGUGCAAAGUGGAUAAUGCCUUGCUUCUUGGUAUAUUUUCCUAUUCUGAGACCAAAAGUUAUGGUUCUUAGGCUGAACAAUAGACCCUUUUAAUUCAGGUUCUAUUUACAAGAAAGAAGAUCAUAAGAGAAAUAUUAGAAAGAGCCAAGAUGAAGGUAUGAAAGAAAGAAUGAUCAUUACAUGCAUAGGGGAAGAAUGGGAAUGUUACACCUAACAUAAAUUAUACAAGAUGGUUUUGUGGUAGGGACAAUAGCUCAUUCACAGGUGACAGGCUCUUGCUUUCCCAUUUGUGGUUGACUGUUGGUUGAUGUAAAAUUGGGUGAUAAACACAGAAAAAUGUAAAAGAUCAACAGGAGGAAGUAAUGUAUCUCCUUGCCCUACUUUGGCUUUAUAAAGUGAUCAAUGUGAUGGAAUUGAAAUUACUUGAGAAAUUACUUUUGCCUUUAUUGUUGCUGCAAUUACUCCCUCUGGUAGUAGAGUUUAUCUAUACUUGUGUUUGACUUUUCUUAUAUGUAAUAUAGCCAUCUCAGACAGUAGGUCCAUUUGUUUCUCUCUCCUUUUUUCUAGCUUACAUCAUUCAAAUACUUUCACAUAAUUGUGUUUUCCUUUAACCAUUUGGCCAAGGAAUAUAUGCAUAUUCUCCAGGUUUUUCCACAGAUAGAAUACAGCAGUAUUUUAAGAAGAACAUACCUGUUCUUUCCUGGAUUUGCUAUAAAACUUUUUGUCAAGAAUGAACUUAAAAGAUACACAGGGCAAAAUGAUCCCUUCUUAACUCCACACAAAAGCAUGUACACCACAUACAUAGUGGCCAUUGUCCUCAGCCUCUGUAUUCUUAUGAAGGAAAACAAAGGCCUUCUAGAAAGGUGUGAUUAAUUCCUUUAUGCUCCCCAAAUUAGCAUGAACCUAGCUCCAGGUGCUGUCUUUCCUGGGUGAAAGGUGAUCUAUUUUCUUGCCUAGUAUAAAUUUUUUCAUGUCUUGAUUUUUUUCCUCCUGCAUUUUUUCCAUAUGUCUCUGUUCACCCUUAGUUUUUUAAUCAGCAGUAUGAGCAGGGGGUUUCAUUCAGGGACAUGUGUUUUCCUUUUUCCUUCGUUUUGCCCAGACUGCCCAUAUCACAGCAUUUGGACAUUAAUGGGUGCUCACCUUCCCUUUCCACAGAAAGCAUGGUUAGUUACCUUUUCCACACAGCUGCCAGUACAUUCUGGAUUGUGCACGCAGGCUAGGAAACAUAGAGGAUUUUGAGGAGAGGUUAGUACUGAGAAAUGAAGAGGAGCACUUCCUCCAUUCCAGUUCCAUGUAAUUUGGGAGGACAGUCUGUGACCAUGAUGUUCUUCAUCAGGACCAGAGCUAAUGCAGGGUGCUGCAGCUGUGUAAUUGGUUUUGGUUCUUCUUAAAUCCUUGGGGUUCUGCAGAAGUUAGGUUUGAGGUUUCCUGGUAAAAAAAUUCCUUCUUCCUCGGUAGUUGAGGAGUCUCAGUGGAAUCCUUUCACAGCUUCCUCAAAUGAAAGUUCUUACCUUGACAAACAACCUAUCCUGACAUCUAUUCUACUUCUUUCAACGCCCAGGCUGCUUUAUCACCAAAGCAAGGGAGCUUGCUGCUUGCCACAAAUCCUCUCUCUGAAGCUCCUUCCUACACUGCAGAGAUGUGUUUAGGCAGGGCUGAAAACACAGCCCUCCCCAGGCACUGCUCAGAGAAGUGAUCCUUACAGAGCAGGUGCACCUGGUGUGGCUGAAGUCAGCCCUUGGAUUUUGGGCUCAGCACUCAGACUGUGAACUAUUGCUACUCAGGGUUGCAAUAUUCCCACUGCAGCCCUGUGACCAGAGAAAGAGGGAUGGCUCAGGGCUGCCUUUUUCUGAGCAUAUAGUGCAGCUGAGGAUGUUGUGCUGAAUUUUGUUUAAUGAGCAUUCAUCUCUGUGUGCUUCCAAUACCAAAUUUUAGCAGUCUCCCAAGUAUUUGUAUGAUUGCAUAGAUGUUUUCAAUGACCUUUUGCAGAUUUUUUUUUCUGGUUGUAGUUACAGUGGCUUUUAUGUGUCCUUUUCCUUCUUCCCCACUUGCAUUAUAAUGUUCCAGUUUUGUUCUGAAUCUAUGUGGUUACAGUCUGUACAAUCACACUUUCAUGUAGUAUCAUGUAGCAUCAUGUUUUCAGGUAUUUCUCUCAUUAUGACAUUGAAAUAAUAAACUGUACACGUUUGUAUUUUGCUACUCUGCGGGUAGAGGAAUCACAUAUAAAUCUUAAAAUAACAUCUAAUUGAUUUUUUUCCAGACAAGUCCCACACAGGUAGUCCUGUGAUUUCAUAUUUUGAGCUACCUUGCUAUUUUUGAAAAUUUGAUAUACCUUAGUUGCUUUCAUUAGAGUAUUACUUGUCUUCCCACUUUAUUUUUCUGUUUCUUCUCAAGAUAUUUGACUGUAUAUUCACUCAUCAUCACUCUCCCUGAAUUUUGUACAUUUGAUAAAAAGAAAGAUGACCAUUGGUUGCCACCUAUAAGAAUAGGAUAAUAUGUUUUCCAGUGAAAGCAAGCAGUAGCCUCUGUUUCUGGUAUCACAGGCUGACUUCUGUGCUGAUGAUCAGCUUGAUUCUCUGAUAUCUAACUAAGGUGCACGUAGAAAUCUGGACAGAUUGCUGGACCUAAAACUAGAGCUAUAAAAUAGAAAUAUACUAGCUAAGGCUCUGAAAAUUUUACUGUUCUGAUGGUGAAGGGAUUAGGCAUCUGACAACACCGUCAGUCAUGUCAAUAACAAAUGAAAAACUUGCAAAGUCAAAAAGAAAAAAAAAGGCUGGUUUUCAGAAUGAGUCAAAGUGAAGACAGCUUUUAGCUGUCCCAAGAGGUAAUGUUGUCACACAUGUCAAACAAUUUCCCCUCAUGGUCUUCACUUCUCUUUCCUUCGAGACUCUGGACACCUCUAUCAUAGCAUUCACAACUGUCUGACAAUAAGAAAAGUAGCUACUUUCAGGUAGGAAUCCCACCAGAGUUAUUAGACCUCACUCUUUGUAAAACUGAAGUUGGAUGGUUUUCCAAGAUUACAUUAUCCAGACACACAUGCACUUUGGAAAGCCACGUGAAAUCUGUCCAGCACAUAGUCUGCAAAUGGCAUAGGAUAUACAGCAAGGAGAAGAAAAAGGUUGUCCACUCCAUGGCUAGGGGUUGUAAAACUAUUUUAUUCAGGAGAAUGUGUGGAUGAAUCUCACCAGACGGUCAACCUCUCUAAGAAUCAAGAAGUAUUUUUGCCAAAUCUUCUAAUCUGUCAAAACAGCCACACAAAAAAAGUAAAAGGAACCAAAAAAAAUUAAAAAUUAAGCACUCAAAUUGCUAGAAGCAAUCUGUUCCCUUCUCAACGAAGAGCUGGCUAGAUACAAAGUCUACACUAGACAUAUAUGUAUUUAGGGAAACAAGACUCUGUUUUAACAGAAAUAAGUCAAGAUAGAUUUGUAGAUUGUGCUUUUUUUAUUCAGGUGAGUUUUUCAAAUGUUGAUUAAGAUUCUUUGUUUUCCUUUUGUUGUUCAGUCCAGCUUCAGAAUAGUUGUGUUCUUCAGUCUCUAACCAACUGUUAGAGCACCUCAUCAAUCAAAUUUGUUUGGCAAGAGAGUUGAAGUGGGUUUGUAUUCAGCACAAUUUGAGAUUAAUUGUAUUCCACAAAUCUUCAGAUAUUCCUUCUCAGCUAUAAGAGGCUGUUCUUGAAGAGACCAGAACAUGAAACUGGAAUUAUAUGCCUAUUUAGUAGUAAUUUAUUUUUUAUAUGGCACUUACAAGUUGCCAUAUGAGCUGCUCAAGCUCUGCCCAUUGUUUGGUCAUGUACGGAUCCCUUUUCUUUUCUUUGAGUUAUGCCCUGAAAUUAUGUACUAAGCCACAAAUGGACCAGCUGAAUUGCCCAUAUAAACUCCUGCCACACAUUCUGCAUCACACUAUAAUGUGGGGAGGAGGAGAAAUUCUGCGUCUGUUAAAUUAUGGAGUUUUGAAAUUUAACCUGUAACUCUCACCAAAGCUUUGCCAAAAAUUGUUUUGUUCUGUUAGACACCUAUGUGGUCCCACUGAUCACUCCUUCAGCCCAAUGAAUUGCUUGGCUUUAUAACUAUUUGAAUUCUAAUCCCAUGGACUGUGGGAAGUCCAAAUUGAGACACACAACACAAAUUCAAUUUAUUUGAAAAAGGUUUUAUAAAUACUGAGGUUCUGAAAAGUGCAAAUUAGGGAGGUGAUGUGAUGAAUUUGGUAUUUAAACCAGGGCAGAAAUUUUGGCAGGCUGGGAGUUAUCGCUUCUGACCUAAUAGAGAGGUUCAACCUCUGCUUUGGGAACAAUAAUAUCCAAUACAAAUAUUGCCUUACCUCCAACUUUCUGUCUCAAAUGAAGCAUAAUGAGAAGUCCUUGCCAAAUAAAGCAACACUGGUUUCCAAAAUGCACUUAAUUUGCUUUCAAUUGCUGGCCUGCAGGAGGGCUCUGAGGCUGGAAUGGCCAUUAAGUUGCGCUCUGUUGGUGGCUGAGAGCAUAAGAAGUCUUCCCCUGCUGAUUUUAUGCUGUUUACCUCAAAUUAAAUACUCCUGCUGGGAUAUACUUAGCCACACGGUGGUGCCAGUUCAACCAUGGCAAGGUGCUCACAUUCUCAAGUUGCCUGGCAUCUUUUCCAGUUACCAAAUCAGCAGUGGUGGAUGUAUUUGAAUAAAAAAAAUAAGAGGUUUUAGCCAGCAAGGACAACCAUCAUUGCUAACUGUAUCGCUAAAAUUGAUAAGGCAGCAAAUUUAGAGGUAUAAUGAAUAAAUUAUCACAAUGGUGCUUUGUCUCAGCCAGUUAAAACACUGUCUUAUGGGGUAAAUCUUGCUUUUACUCCUCUAGUAGUCUGAUAAAUAAGUUGCAUACUUCCAGUUUACAUUUCCACAAUCCAUCUGAAGCCAGCAAAUUUCUCCACACUGUCCCUUGGCCUCAGUAGAUAUGUGUUGAUCUCUGCUCUCAAUCUGGUCCAAAUGCCACCAGCUCUACUUCUGUAAAUCCAGUGCAAGUGUGCUGUCAGGGAGCCAGGCUGAGAACAUCAGUUAUGGGACAGGACUGACCUAAACUUAGGCCCUUCUCUUAUACCCAGCAUAGACACAAGUGGCUGAAGCCCCACAGCACAGCAAACUUAAUCCCACAUCCUGCCACAGCUUCAAACACAUGUAAGGACAUAGGACAGCCGUGAGCAAUUUUAGUGAUGCAUAAAACUGUCUUUGGGUGGUAAACCAUUGGUUUUUUAAAUCGUUGUACAUUAAAAUGUUCCAAAUCAUGGGGCAACUUAAAAUUAUGCCUUGCCAGUGUUCAAUUACCAAGAGCAAUAAAUUAACACAGCUUCAGUCUGACAGGUGCAGUUUCCUGUCAGCAUUCUUAAAUAAUACAAAAAAAUAAAGCCAACUGUUUUAAUCCAUGUCCACUUAAAUAUAUACAUAAAUUCUACCAAAUAAACAUAUUACAUAUAAACCAAUUGCAUUUUUGUAAUAUUUUGUAUUCUCAGCUACAUGUGGACUUUUGAGUUUGUUUAUAUUUUCCACUUUUUCUUUUCCUCAAAAGUUUUAGGUUAAAUAAUGAGAGAUCUGAUCUUCAUCUUCUUGAGAUGCAGAGGCUAUGGCAUUUUACAACAGUAGCUGAAGAAAAAGUUCUGGCAAUCAGUAAAUGCAAAUGCAGUGAUAUUGCAGUCUGUCCUGCUUCCCACAGACCUAAAGGCAUAGCCCUGCUCGUGCCCUUCUUUUUGUGGUUGCAUUUCUGAACUUCCAGUCACA